AUGGCCCUGAGCUCAAGAAGGGAGCCAGAACUGGUGGACCUUACCCUUGACUCCGACUUUGACAGCGAAGAUGAUAUCAUUGUCUCUGAAACGGCGAGCUCGAGAGCAGCAUACGUGUCUCUCGCUCCAGCACGACGCCCCUCGUAUGCCUCCACACCUGCAACACGUCCGUCGACACCCCCAGUGCCUUUACCAGGCAGUGCCUCCAACGCCCAUUCAGAACAAUCUGCAGGCGUACAAUCAAGGAAAAGCUGCACACCAACCGGCAGAGCCACGAAUGCGAGCUCUAGCACAUCGACGACGACCAUCGCCAGUCCUGCAAACAUGGGUCGCAAUGCUUCAACCUCGCAGGAUGUUGCUGCAGCACUACUCACGGCGCCCAGUGCUGCGAGAACAAGCACACACGUAGAAAACAGCGCGAAGAGGAGGAAGCUCACAACACUUGACAGGCCGGAGGUCGGGCAGAACAAAAUCGUGAAGCAGUCCAGCACACAUGGUGAUGCAGCUCCCACAUUGGCACAAAAUGUCGCGGGUUCCAGUCGAAACACCAACCUGGGUGCAAAGCUUAACAAUAUGAAUGGAGCGCCUUCGGUCCAUUUUAUGAAUGCAGCACUGAAGCCCACAGGCUUACCUGUGCCAGUCCUGGACGAUGUACUCUUGCAAGCACAUCGGCCGUUACCUAUUGGUCGCCUGUCUGAAGACCAUGCCAUGACAGGCCUUCUCAGUCCUGGUCUUACGACGACCCCAGAGAGCGAGGUCGUAGUGAUUGACUCGGAUGAUGAACCAGAGCUUGUCCAACCCUCUCUUCCUCACGCCGACAGAGCGACAGAAGCUAGUGUCAUCAGACAUGAAAGCGACCAUGGCCUCCAAAGCCGUGCAGCCCUGCCUAGUGGCAAUAUGCUGAAUGCUUCAGUGCGAACACAAUCUUUGCGGCGGUCCUUCUCCCCACCACCAGCCCCUCACCACGACAGGAACACUGCGUCAUCCGGGCUUGCUGUGAGACAACCGACACCUCGAAAGAUGCAGCAAAUUUCAGAAACACCUCGAGUGCCUCUUGCAGUAUUGCCUACUCCUCCAGCCACUACCAAACCGUCAUGUAUGACGAAAACAAAUCACAUCAGCGAACAAGCAGACCACCUUCUAAUAUUCUUGAAGGAGGUGAAGAAACUUAAAUGGACAGACAUUACUGCAGAGUUCAACAGGGAAAUCCCCAGACGCAGCUAUGUCCAACUACAAUCACGCUAUUCGCAAACCCUGAACAGAAGAGACCGCACACAAGACCCACCAACUCUAAAUCUGCCCGCAAGGUUUGCAGCAGAAGCUACAGUUGACUGGCAGACAGUACAUGCGGACAUUCCUGGACCGAGUCCCCGGAUAGAGGUCGCUGGUUUGAGCCUCAACGGAAUGUCACAGCAGAACGAAUACCAAAAUAGCAAGCCACGCGCAGUUCAGCAAAUCAGGGAUCAUGACAAGUCUUCUGGAACAGACUCUGGCCCUCAGAGGCAGAGGUCACGACGGACUGCCCCAGUCGACUAUACGUGGGCAAAACUGGGAACCAGGUUCGCCGCAGACGAGUUGGAAGGUGAUGUCAGUGACGAGAAGUGCACGCCUCGCCUUAAAUCCCGUCUGAACGCGCCUAUACGCUCUGAAUCACCAGCUGACGGAACUCUUGUGGUCUCUGAACCUAAAGUCGCAACUCAAACCAAGCUCUUGGAGAUGAACUUUCACGCAAAAGACUCCUUGCUGGGCUUGGCUACAGGUAGAGGUUUGCGCAGUGUUCAACAAGAACGAAUGCCAUACUUGUCCUUGUCGCAACGCAUUGCCAUGCGUGAAGGAUCUGAAGAGUGGACUUGGGACCAGACUAAUCCAGACUGGCAAGGUGCUGUUCUGCAUGUGGACUUUAGUUCGGCAGAGUUGCAGAUAGUCGAGAACGUCGUUGGGGAGACCGUCAAAUCAGCCCGACGGACGCGCCACAGCACUUAUCGAAGACAUUUACGGGCAGUUCUUAAAAAACUCGCUGAACCCCGACUACAGCAGCUGGCCUAUGAAAUCGCCCGCCAUCUUCGUUCUCGUGGUGUUCAGAGUAUCAAGUCCUUCCUUCAGGAUGCUGCUACUGGUAAAUUAUCGGAAGCGCCGCAAAUACAACGUUAUGCAGCUGCUAGUCCCAACACAAAGUUGAGCAGUAUUCAGAGACCCUCUAUUCCGGCUGUCAUCCGUCAACGCGAGCUCGGUUUCCAAUCGCGAAGGGGUUGGAGGACAGCGUCUAGUCCGUUGACAUAUCAAACAAAGAACAGGAUGAUGGACACGAUCGGGCCUAAGUACACAUGGACGGGCGCUUCAAGCGAUGUUCACACCGUCGCUUGGUCUCCCAAAGGCCAGCAUUUCGCGGCAGGGGCUGUGGCGGUUACUGAUGUAGAUUCUAUGCAGUACAACCGGCCCAACAACCUAUUAUUUGGCAAUGCUCAUGAAGGUACUAUUCAUGAGCUGGGCGAACACAGGAUCGAUCGAACAAGGACGGACAAUGGUGCAAAUUCGACGCAUGCUAUGUACGUCUCUCAAGAUCCCAAUUUGUACACCACAGUCAGCUCGGUCGCAUUCUCCCCUUCAGGAGAUUGGCUGUACUCGGCUGGCUACGACAAGACUGUUUGUGUUUGGGACACGUCAUUGUCAAGAUUGAUCACGAGUUUGAAGCACAAUGCGGAGGUAGACAUAUUAGCUGUCAAUCCGCCGUACGAAGACGUAAUUGCAACAGCAUCAAAGCAGACGACGAAUGACUCUAUCAAGCUUGUCCGCCUUAACCAGGACGUCAUCAACGACGCAAGCUGGAAACCUACUGUCCGGAAUUUUGCUUCUGCGAAAGCCAUGAGCCGCCCAGAUCUGAAAAUGACCGUCAAUGCCCUCCAGUUCAAUCCGAUUGGUGGCAGUGUGUUGCUGGCGGGCUUCGGAGCGAAUCUCUGCGAAGACAGCGGCCUGGACACUACCGGCGAUAUUUGUCUUUGGGACGUGGAAUAUGGCAUCAAUUUACACGUCCAUGGUUCUAGUCGCAAUGUUUUCGACGUAACUUUCAACCCGAAUCCAAGAAAGCACUGCCUCUUCGCCGUAGGCUGUGUAGCCAGUGGCAAUGUUAACAGAGGUACUCGCUCAGUUGUCCGCUUUUACACAACAAAGGGUGCGUGGAACGAUCGCGAUAGAAAGCAUACAUGUCCGGUCGAGCUCGAGUGCAAGGCAUACGAUAUGAAUGACAUCGUCUGGUGUCCGCACGACGAGAACUUGUUUGCAGCUGGGUGCACCGAUGGGCGGUCCUAUGUCUGGGAUCUCCGUGUGCCACACAAAGUGCUAUACACCCUGAGCCACGGGAGCUCUAUAAUGCCUUUGCAAGAUGACAUACCCCAUGAUCAGACAGACACCGGAGUCCGUUUCCUUUCGUGGGGACAGAAUGCCACGAGACUCUACUCAGGCUCAUCAGAUGGCGUUGUCAAGGUUUGGGAUGUAACCAGAUCUCGAGAAGACACUUUUGUCAAGGACCUGACUACCACCACCUCCGGCAUCAUGUCAGGCGCUUUCAGUGCUGACUACAGCAAACUUAUACUUGGAGAAGUCAAUGGUUCUGCCCACGUUCUGGAGGUAGGCAGAGAUGACUUUACUCUAAAAGACGCAGACAAGCUGCAAUACUAUCCUUACUACAGUGACAAGGCAGCCACCAGCAUCCACUUGGAGACCGACGUCGCAGCUGCAGAGGCACGUGAGUGGCUCGAAACCGGGCGGCUGCAAUCGGCACCCAUGAGUGGCAUGCCCAAACGGCAGGUUGUCCAAGGACCCAACUACGACGGACCUUUCGACCAAGGCGAUAACGAUCACACGAUGUCAUUACGAGAACAGGCUUCCGUGUUUCAGAGAAAAAUGGCAGCAGCAAGCGGACCGCAAUGCAAGCUGCCCGCCUGCCUCGACAGUACCAACACAACCACCUACGAGGAAGUCGGUGACUCGGGCCGCAGCGCCGAGCGUAUACCCGAUGAACUACGACAACAGUGGCUCGAUGAGAGUGUACGAACUAUUGCAGGCAAAUCGCAAUGUGCAGCUUGCGGCCGACCAGCGCUACCCUCGCUCGACGCAGAUAGCACGACGCUCUGUGAGCGAUGUUCCUUCAGCUGCUUUCGCUGUGGCGGCUCGGCCUGCGUUGCUGGAACUGCCACGACACUCGAGUGCUAUGACUGUGCAGGAGUAUGGAGCGUUGGUGCUCUGGGCUACGAAUGCGAUCAGGAGCCUAAAUUCAAGGGCACGCCUCUUAAUGUCCCGCCGAUCAGGGGGUUUGAGAUAGCGUCGUACAUGGAGAGGAUGGAGGAUGUGGAUACGACGUUUGGAGAUGAGAUGAACGCACUCACGGACUACUACCUUGGACUUGCUAUUGACCGGCCCCAGAGUCCGCCGCUGUGA